AUGACGGACAUUUUAAACAUCGAGAAUGAACCGAUCUUCGAUGAUCGCAUCAUCAAGAUCGAGACUCACACGUAUAAUCCGUUUGCCAAUACAACGUUUGAUCACAGUGAUGAGAUAAGAAUACCUAUACAACAUCAGGAUUUAUACACGUUACCGUCUGAAAGUUCUAUACAUCGAGGGAAAAAGAUUGAUCGUAACAGAAACGUUGGAAUAACUAGCACGCUCAAGAAUUAUAUGACCAUGUCAACUAACAGAACCAAAAUUGCGAAUAACGCUGGUUGGGAUCCGUGGUAUCAUGUAAAUGGAUACUUUAAUUUUUGUGUGCCACUUAACAUGCUAUUGGGAUUUUGCGAAGAUUACAAACGCGUGGUGAUUAACGCUCGUCACGAGUUGAUCUUGAUACGCGCACGCAACGAUAAUAAUUGUCUAGUCGGCGAUCCAGCGCAGGAACCAGAAAUUGAAUUAUUCAAAGUACAAUGGCGAAUGCCGCAUGUGCUGUUGAAUGAGAGAAAUAAACUGUCGAUGUUGCGUGCUCUGGAAAGCGGGCGAUACCUCAGCAUGGCUUUUUGCUCAUGGGAUCUGUAUGAGUUUCCAUUAUUGCAACGCACAACCAAACAUACAUGGGCUAUCAAGACCGCUACUCAGCUUGAGAAGCCGCGUUACGUCGUCUUCGCUCUGCAGGCUGGUCGGAAGAACGUCAUGCUUGAGGACGCGAGUCGAUUCAAUGAUUGCAAACUGACAAAUGUAAAACUGUAUCUGAACUCGGAAUGUUAUCCGUAUGACGAUAUGAAUCUGGAUUUCGAUAAAAACAGAUGGGCAAUUCUGUAUGAUAUGUAUACACGUUUCUGUAAAGACUAUUAUGGGUAUGAUAAUCUUGAGCCGAAUCUAUCUGUCGCGAAUUUUCGACAAAAAGGUCCGUUUGUGAUUAUCGAUUGCUCUCGACAAAACGAAUCGAUUAAGAGUGCAACUGUAGAUGUGCGUAUAGAAUUUGACUGUAAAGAGAACGUACCCGCGAGCAGCACCGCGUACUGUCUCAUCAUACACGAUCGCAUAGUUCAGUACAAUCCGUUGACCAACGUUGUGCGCAAAAUUACCUAA